AUGGUUCGUGGAACUGGCAAAUUCAAGCAGAAGCGAGGUGGUGGCAGGAACUUCAGCAAGGACAUGGUUUUAGAUGAGAAUGGUACUGCUGUAUCUGCUGCACGCGCUCGUAAAGACGAGGAGGAGGAAUCCUCAGAAGAGGAAGAAGAAGAAGAAGAGGAAGAAGAGGAGGAGGAGGAAGAGGAGGAGGAAGAGGGAGAAGGAGAAGAGGAAGAAGACAAACCCGAGCUGAGUCGCGCUGAGCGCAAAGAACUAAAGAAGAAGCAAGCUGCCGAGAAACAGAAACAGAAACAGAUAGCCGAACAGGAGGAAGAAGAAGAAGAGGACUUUAUCAACCCCAACCAUGUUACCAAGAAGCUCUACAUAUCCGACCUUGGUGCCCCGAGAGAGCUCAGCCGUCGUGAAAGGGAGGCCAAAGAGAAGAAGGAUGCACAGGAUCGGUAUUGGAAGUUACACCUCCAGGGGAAGACAGAUCAAGCAAAGGCUGAUCUGUCUCGUCUUGCAAAGAUUAAAGCGGAUCGCGAGGCUGCCCAGGCCAAGAGGAAGGCUGAGGCUGAAGCGAAAGCACAAGAGUUGGCUGCGAAGCAGAAGGCUGCUGCUGGAAGACGAUAAGCGAGUUCUAUAUCAUCUUUUGUUGUUUUUUGAUAUUGCCAAUACGCUGCUCUAACGUGAGACUGAGACUCUACAUUUGUCAAGUUUACGAAAAGC